AUGAGCAGAGUAAGAUUAAAUGCAAGGACUUUGUGAUCAAUUGAAUUCUUCAGAGAAUUGAUCACGACGAAGAUGGUCGUGAUUCGUCGGAGUACGAAGAAAUGGAUGACGAAGAAGAGGAGGUUGAAGAACCAGAAAAAGAGCACGUCGUCUAUGUGAAAUCGCAAUUCGAACCGGAAGAAUACAUUGAAGAGCAGGAGCCGUCGACCAGCCAACACAAUCAAAUGGAAGAAGAAACAGUACCGAUAAACAUCGAAUAUGAAGGUUUCUCAGAGAAUGCUCUCUGUUCGAACUGAAACUCUUUCAGAAGUGUAUCCGCACAAUACUGUGCAAGUGGUGCAUCCACAUGAAAUGGUCGAAGCGGAAAAAAAUUACUAUGAAAAUGAAAUGGAAGGUAUUUUUAAGAAUAGUUGUUCUCGUUAAAACUAUGCUUCAUUCCAGAUCUAGUUUAUCACGAAAUUUACGGCGAAGGAAGUGAUCAACAGAAACUGGAAGUCGGCAAAAGGAUCAGAGAUUCAGUGGGGACAAACGCCACGUGUCUUGUCUGUCAGCGAUCCGAAUCGGAGAAGAUCCGACUGUUCAAAUGGCCGAAAUCGGAGGAUCUGAGGGAGCAGUGGCUGCAUUUCUUCCGCAUGCCGACCAGCGUUUUCCACUCGAUGCCGGAACCCUACAUCUGCUGCUAUCACUUCUCCGCCGACACGUUCGUAAUGGUAGAUCGUCUUCAUGCGAACGUCUUCAGUUCUUUCUUUUGCUUUUCAGAUGGAUGAUCGUAUCUUCUGGAAGAUGACCGCCGUUCCGAAGUACCGUCAACGUCGUCCCGGGCUCGCGGAGCCAUUUCCCUGGGAGCCAGCGGCCAAACUGAAACUGGACCAGCCAAUGAUAAACCGAGCGAAUACCACCGAAUCGUUCGGCUUCAAAAUACGCUACCGUCUGCCGUACAAUAAGCACAAAAAUCGGAAUGUACACCAGGUGGCCGUAAUGAUUCCGAUCGCCCAGCCACAUCUCUACUACGAGUUCCAUUUCAACCGCUACGGACUGCGUAAUACAAAAUUUUAUGCGUGCCUGAACUGUCGGAAAGCGAAGGCGGAGAGCGGAAUUCGUGACGUCAUCCGGACGAUUCAUCUGGACGGAAACAAGUUUCUGAGCAACGGCGAUCCGUUCAACGGGCACCAUUUCGCAUGCCGUCCUCACAAUAUUUAUGAUUGCAAGUAAGAGAGAACAACGAAGAACUAUUUCAUUCACUGAGUUUCAGAUCUUCUUGGCGUCCAAUGCCAGGUCAGACGACGGAAAAUCACUUUCUGGAUGAUAUCGUUUAUGUGGACGAACGUGGAAAUUCAUUAGAAUGGGAUACGGUCACCCGUCCAGCUGACGAGGCGAUCACUAAAUUCGAGGAUACAGAGCGGAAAGAGGAAGAAGCGCAGAUGGAGAUGUACGCAGCGACCUUCGACGAUCCGAUGUACGAAGAAGUCAUUCGGACGGUCAGAGAAUGCUUGAAUUACUACCAAAACUGUUCAAUUUCAGGUGGACGACCCGCCAGUUCUGGAUAUGGAAUACCCGCAAGAGGAGACGGUUGUCGAGACAAAACCGGUGAAACUCAUUCGGAAGCAAAGCCGGAUAAAGUGUCAUUUGUGCCUCAAAAACGGAUUUUCAUCGACUCACGGCCUUGUGGAGCACUUGCAGAAGCACAUUGCCGAGGAGAAGAACUGCAAACGAUGCUCGAAACGAAUUUCCUGCGAUUCUCGAACUAUUUGCAUUCGACGAGGAGUUUGCGAAAGCUGUUAUACAACUUGA